CGCAAGGUGAGUGUCCGCUCUCGUUGGGCUCGUUGGAUACGGAUAAGCUUGCUGCGAUCAGAAAUCGGCAGCACGCCAGUUAUUCGGUUUAGUGAAGAGGUGGAUGAUAGCGCGCUUUCAACAUCUCGUCUGUUUCCAAAGGUUCCUGAGUAUCGAGCGUCAUGAAUUCGAGUGGCUACGUUAUCCCCGUAACAUCCGCGCCCCAACAACGGCAGCAAUCGUAUCCGUUAAACAUGAUUUCCGCUCAAGGAAGAGACAUGGCCGGGAACGGGCAGCGGAAGCCCACAAUGCUGACACCGGCACCGCCAAUGCAGACACACGCCGUUCCAAUGGCGAUCCAAAACCGCGUGCAAAUUCAGUACGCUCAGCCGGCACAAGCCGUCCGAUCGCAGCCGUAUCGGGUUGACGGAAGGCGCAACCGCACUUCGCAGCAGGUACUUCGCGAUUCGGAAAUCGUGAAGAUCAACGAGAACGGUAUGUGCAAGAUCGACAUGACGCGGCUCAUCUAUCGGAAACUACAGAGGCAAGGGAGUGCCGGGCCGCAGCCAGUACCACCACCACCUAUGGUAAAGCUAAGACCAGCCGCUAGUCUUCGUCCCUGGCGGACUGUGCCCAACCAUGGCGAUCAGCAGUUGCUGGCAACGGCCGGCAUCUCGGAUCCAGCGCUCCAGAAAGUGUUCGUGGACCUGUUCGCAGCGGCAGCCGCCGCAACACACCACCACGGCCAUGAACAGCGGACGACGGUCAAAUUUUCCAUCUUCCGCAGCGUGGAGCUGAUGGCACAAAGCUCUUGCCGUCGGAACGAGUGAGCGAGUGGGCUUCCGGAAAAGGCAUCACGCAGGACCGUGAUGUAUGUGUUGUGUUGUUGUACAACGUGACACGGGACUAUGUAUCGCAAAAUGGUGAAAUUUUGCAAAAAGUUAUAAGCAAGGGUAAGCGUUUGCUGCGUGCAGCAUAGAAUUAGGCAUCCCGAGCGUUCAUCCAAGUACGAUGAAAAGAACUGAAAACAUUUAAGAAAAUGACUUGAACUUUUAGUACGAGAAGUACAGCAAUCGAGAGUGAGAGGGUUUUAGUAACGAAACAGAAAAGGAAUUCAACGUAACGCACAGUUGAAGUCCCUUUUAGUAAGGGAAUUGUUUGCGUACGAAAGAACGCAUCAAAAGAUAAUCGAAGAGUUAGGAAUCGAUGCUGAUAUGCUAAGAGUGUGCUGGAUGCUAAUCGUUUGAGCUAAACGACCAACGGUGUGCCGUACUUUUGCAGAAGGAUUUCCUAUAUUUUUCUUCCCGAUGAAUACGGUAAUCAUUGAUCAUAUAAAUGUGUGGAAGAAUACUUAGCAGCGGCAUCCCAGGCAAAGAGAAGUUAACGUGAUUGUUUACGAACCAAACAAUACAAUAAUAAGAUGAUAGAAGAGCCAGAAAGCACCACAAUGAUAAGCAAGCAAACGUGCUAGCAGAUUACAGUGGUUCGAAGUAAAUGAUCAUCCGAGAACAGUAGAUAAUGCGGUAGCAAAAGAACCAGGAUCAUGUCGAUUCUGUGAAUGUGGAAAAGCAUAGUUAGCCACAUUGUUAACAGAAUAGCUACGAAAUUGAUGCUUAACAGAAUAGUUACAAACGAUUAAGUUAGCCUCAGGAAGAUGUUAACUGAUUGGAAUCAAGUUUAUUAGAAAAUAAGCUCAAAUUGGGAUCUUUGGAAACGUUCUUUUAAAGCGAUAGAAUCGUAAUCAAUCUUCUAACGACUCUAGCUAGUAGAUAACACGGAGCAAAAUCGAAUAAGAUAAUUAAUAGGAGCCUUCCGGUUAAUGGAAAGGUACUGAUUGCACGCGAGCUUCCGUUUGUUUUUGGUCGAAAACAAACGUUAAGCUGAAUGCUGCAAUCAGUUACUAUAAUAAUGCUAAUAAGUAAACACACAUUUUGACUAUCCUAA